UUCUCUUACAGUAUGUCUUGUAAAAAUUUAUUGUCAGAAAAAAUACCAGUUAUCGGCUUAGGGUUUAUAUGUUGUCUUUUAUCUUUACAUGCACAUAGUAGUGGGCUGUAACAGAGGGUUUGUUGGGAGUAACUUUUUUAAAAUGCCCUUUCCUGAAAAUAAAACACAGCACAUGGACCCACAUGGUGGUUCAGCAUGUUGCUGCCACUUACAAGCCCACAUCCUUUGUCUGCUGAUUCUGGUUGCUUUGAGUACCCACUACUCCACACUUCGAUUCCAGCUUUGUACUAAUACACCCUGAAGGCAGCAGUGAUGGCUCAGUACUUCAGUUCCUACCAUUGGUGUAGGAGACCUGGGUGGAUUCUAGCUCCUGACUGCAGCCUGGCCUAGCCCUGAUUGUUGUGGCCAUGUUGGGAAUGAUUGGUAGUUAGAAGAUCUCUCUCCGUCUCGGUAAAUGUAUGUUUGUCAUUCUGCCUUUUGAAUAAGUAAAUAUUUUUACACAAUUAGAACACGUAAUUCAGAUUCCAUUUACUGAUGAGGAAUGGUUUGGUGGUUAUCCAGUGAGGCAGCUUCUGAGGUUUGGGGAUUCACCUUCCCAUGUGUUUUAAUCUGCAUUAUGCAGUGAUGUUAAAAUUAGAGAGUUAAUCACCAGCAACCUCCAGUGUUUAACUGCCUUUUGGGUUUAUUUGAUAAGUGACCUUUGUUCUAUUAUUUGCAGAUUUUAUAUCAGUUUCCCAAGGGCUUGGAGGAUGUACUACCAAAUCUCCAUUUGGACAAAUUGUUAGAGAAAAGAAUCUUUUAUGGGAUUCCUCAUGUCCGUAACAUGUUGGCCGAGGCUCUGCAGCUCACCCCCACUCUCAGAGUGGUCAGUCUCCAUUAAUUGGACCCCGUGAUUUCCACUUUCUGCUGUGUUGGACGACAUGAGCAUUGCAAUCCCUCUGGGAGUCACCACACCAGAUACAUCCUACUCAGAUAUGGCUGCUGGGUCAGAAAAGGAAGUGGAAGCCCCCUACCUUUCAAGACGAAGUGGCACUACACCAGGAUGUGAAAGUCCAGCGAAAGAGACCCAAGGGGCCUAGGGGGCAGCACACCCCCAGAAGCCAAGUCUAUUCCAGGCAGUACCAGGGAUUAGGGUCUGGGCUGGAAAAAUCCUGGUGUUUUGAAUAUGUUCAGGUCCAGUUCAGACUCUUGAUCCCACAGCCACUUCUUGAGUGAGGUGGGUGUUGCUCUAAUUCCCCUGUUUCUCUUGCCAUUUUCAUGGUCCCUGGGGAUUCUUCCCCAUUUAGCAAAGCAAAGCAACUGUACUAGAAUUCUGGGUGGAAUGACAUCCCUGAUUAAUAGUGAUUUUUCUUCCUUAACAUAGAAUAUUAUUAAAGGGCAUGCGUGUUUGUUUUGUGUAAUUUACUGUUUUAAAUUUCUUAAAGAGGAAAUAAAAUAUAGCUACCCUGAUAAAGUAGUAUAUAAUAUUCUGGGUAGCCUAGAAUUGAAAGCAGCUUUCAAGCUUAUUCCUAUAUAAAAAAGAAGUGGGUGGGGUUGGGGAAUGUGUUUCUUGUAGAGGUUUGUUGGGGGGGUUUUUUGUUUUGGGUUGUUUUUGGUUUUUUGUUUUUGCAUGCCACACAGAUUUAAUUAUGCGGAUAGCUGGAACUUCAAAUUUUAAAACUGUUUCAUAGCUGUUUCUUCAAAUAACUUAAAUUUUUUGUGUUAGUAGAUAAGAUAGCCCAGUUAUGUAGUGGUUUUUAUAAGAUGAUCAGCUACUAACCUGCUUCUGUAUGGGUUGACUAACAAACUAUAUAAACAACAUUAACAUUUGUGAGAAAUGGUCAGCAAAGAGAUUAACCAGUGAGCUGGAAUUAGUGGAUAAGAAAAAGACUCAAGGCAGUUAUUUUUAUAACUAGUAUUUACCCCAGAAUGGAUGAGAUAACUACACAUAAAUACUUUUAGGGAAUUUAGGUGUGAUUGUAGAAACAAAUAUACGCAUCUCACUGCAGAGGCCCAAUUAAUACCAGCUUAUCCUAGGAUUUCCCGCAACAUUGUUAUCCUUAAUCUGCAGAUAGAUUUCUGAGACUGUGGUCCCAACACAUUACACAGUUGUUAGUGUUACUGCAGAGGGAGAGGAUGUCAAUAAUUAGAUUAAGUUCCAUUCUGUUCAAUUAUUAAUGAUGAAGCAUGUGUGAUUUCACUGUUGUAUGGCACUCAAAGGUUAAACCUGGUAUUAAAAGCAGCAGACUCAACUAAGUGAGAGACCUAGACCUUAACUCAUUUUAAAUGGCAGCAGUAUGCAGUGUGCAUUUUAUUUCAUAUGUUUAUAGAUACAACACAAGAAACAAAGAAUAUUAUGCCCUUCCAACUUUCUUACAAAGGUGGCAUCACAGCAGGUUGGAGUCUAUCUGUUGUGAUUCUGGCUUUUGUGGGUGUGCCCGACCUCUCUUAAGAGUUCAGUCAGAAGAAAGGCUGCAAUUAUAUUUGCAUAAAAUGUUUGGCUAAUAAAGAGAUGCAAUCCUGAUAUUCCAAAUUUUUAAUCCAUCCGUAUUUCAAAACACAGAGAAGAAUUCAUGUUUGGCAAGGAAUAUUCUGAGAAAUCCUGUAGCCACCUCAGAGCAUCUGGUGAUUAUAGAUUUGGCAUGCAUAGCAGUCUAUUAAAUGCUGUGCUUGAGCUAGAAAGUCUUGUGCAGUGGGAUGGCCUGUUAACCUCCACACUAUACAUUUUAUUUUUAUUCCCUAGACUUGCACAUGAAGUGCAUAUGUUCAUAUUUACCCAGUUUGGAGAUGGGUAAGAUAUAACCAACAUAGCUCCAUCUCCAUGGCCAUCUUUUAUUUCAUACAACUUUUUUUUUCUGUCCCCACUUCCCAAAAAAUUCCAUUCCUAAUAAACAACUGUCAUGUUUCACCCUAUGUGUUCAAUGGUACAAAAUCUCCUAUGUAAAAUAUAUACAGCUCUUUGAAAUGUACUUAUUUAUCUAGUAAUGUACCUAGUAAAUUCACUAUGUCGUAUAAAUUCAUUACUUUGUUUUAACUGUCCAUCAUAGAAACUAAAUUCUAUCUUCAUUUUAUUAAUGCUUGUAUGCCUUCGGUUCAUUUAGGAAACUCCACCUGUUUCCUAAUAUUCAGAGUUGAUUGCCUCUCAGUGGGCCAUGUUCAGACCAUCUUUUUGUCAAGAAUACUGACCUGCAUUCUUGAUGUCCUUCCCUGUCCCCUCGCCCAGUUCCCAUCCUGCAGACACUGUUAAGUAGUAAAAUGCAUGCACUUCACUAACAGAGAAUACUCUCCUGUGUCUAAAGUUCUUCUUCACCUAGAAAUUACCUUUGCUGUUAUUAAUAAGAUCCCUCCUCACAGUUUUGGAGCAUAUAACUGGGUGAGUUGGAUACAUAUCACUUCUCAGCUGACAUUGUGCCAUGUUGAACUGCACUCUUCCUGCCAAGUACUAUAUAAUUUCUGUAUCUUCAAGCAGGAAAAAUGUCUUAUUAUUUGACUCAUAAAAGACUCAUCGAUCUCUAAGUUUGAGUUAUACUAGUCCUUGAGUUUCUAAUUUAUGAAUAUGUUGUGAUUAAUAUAAAAUAUAGAUAAUUGAUUAUUUAGUUCUACCAAAUCAAUCAAAUCUGUUCCCUAAUUGUCUCCUCCAAAAUUCCCCCAAACCUAGCCAGGAAACAGUCACAAUCCUUUUUUCUCAAAAAUGUAUAUUUAUCCCUGCCACCUGUCUUUUUAUUAUUAAGUAAAAACUUAUAUCACAUUUCUAAACUGGAAUGUACUUACAAUACUUCUCUAUUACAUUGCACUUGAAUAGUUAAUUUUUCAUCCAAUGAGGAUAUAAAAAGAUACUCACUAUGCCUGGUUAAUGAGUUCUCAGUUUGCUUUAAAUUAGGUAGAAUGUUAGCCUGGUUUCCAUGUGGGGCAUAGUGGAGAGGUCAUUGGCUUUGGAGUCAGGCAGGUGUUUUAAAUCCUGGCUUUGUUGGUGUAUACCUUGGGGAAGUCACGUAAUCUCACUACCUCAACUUCCCUCUCUGUCAAAAUAUGCUGCUUACCAUAUUGAGUGGUUGCAGAAGUUAAUUAAAUUUAUAUAGAUUUAUGAAGCGCCUCCCAAAUACGGUGAUUCAGAAUGGUUGCCACUACUAUUAUUUGUUAAUAGACUAAUGUAACAAUUUGGUUUUGAUUAUUUUAAAUAUCUGUGGUAUUAUCAUGCAGCUGUUAAAUAAUUGUGUCCUUGAUAUGCUUGCAUGUCUCUGGUGGAUGAGAAAUUAUUACUCUGAUAUCUGAAAGGUGUCUGGGGGUUCGUCAAGAUGAGAGGUGUGAUAAAUAUAAGAUGCCAUUGUUUUUACCUGUACUUUCUUCAGGGUAUCCUGUCUUGGUAGUGAAUGGAAGAGGGCCUGGUCCCUGGGGCAGUGCAGAAGGCACUUUCAUCAUCUCACUCACUGCAAAUGUCAUGUGAGGUUUCAUGGAAGUAUUAAGAGAUCCAAUUAAGAAGAAUAGUUCUGAGUCUAAACCAGCCCAGAGUGGCUUCUCUAGGGGAAACUCCCUGCUCAGCUGCCCUGAAUCUGUGGAGGCUAGUCCAGCAGUUAAUGAGAAGAGCGUGUAUUCCACUCAUAAUUAUGGGACCACUCAGAGGCAUGGGUGUCGAGGACUGCCUUAUGCUGAUCAUAAUUACGGAGCCCCUCCUCCUCCGACACCUCCUGCUUCUCCCCCUGUCCAGACGAUCAUCCCUCGUUCUGACCUGAAUGGCCUGCCGUCGCCCGUAGAGGAACGCUGUGGAGACAGCCCGAACUCUGAAGGAGAGACUGUUCCUACCUGGUGUCCUUGUGGUCUUUCUCAGGAUGGCUUCCUUCUCAGCUGUGACAAGUGCAGGGGAAUGAGCAGGGGGAAGGUUAUUAGACUUCAUCGGCGGAAGCAGGACAACAUAUCAGGUGGGGAUAGCAGUGCAACAGAAAGCUGGGAUGAGGAGCUUUCUCCUUCCACUGUGUUGUAUACAGCAACACAGCACACACCUACAAGUAUCACCUUAACUGUUAGAAGAACCAAACCCAAGAAGCGGAAAAAGAGUCCAGAAAAGGGCCGUGCAGCACCAAAGACGAAGAAAAUCAAGGCAUUUCGAGAGGGAUCCCGGAAGUCCUUGCGGAUGAAGAAUUCUCCCUCUGAAGCACAGAAUUUAGAUGAGAAUACAACUGAGGGCUGGGAAAACCGGAUACGACUAUGGACGGAUCAGUAUGAAGAAGCUUUUACCAAUCAGUACAGUGCAGAUGUACAGAACGCCCUUGAACAACACCUACAUUCUAGCAAGGAGUUCGUGGGCAAACCUGCUAUUUUAGACACUAUUAAUAAGACUGAACUGGCCUGUAAUAAUACAGUGAUCGGUUCCCAAAUGCAGUUACAGCUGGGAAGAGUCACUCGUGUUCAAAAGCACCGGAAGAUACUGAGGGCUGCAAGAGAUUUGGCUUUGGACACUCUCAUAAUAGAAUAUCGUGGGAAAGUCAUGUUACGGCAGCAAUUUGAGGUCAAUGGGCAUUUCUUCAAAAAACCAUACCCCUUUGUGCUCUUCUAUUCAAAAUUCAAUGGCGUAGAGAUGUGUGUGGAUGCCCGUACUUUCGGUAACGAUGCUCGGUUCAUCAGGAGAUCAUGUACACCAAACGCAGAGGUGCGACACAUGAUUGCAGAUGGGAUGAUUCACCUGUGUAUCUAUGCUGUGUCUGCCAUCACCAAGGAUGCUGAGGUCACCAUAGCAUUUGAUUAUGAGUAUAGUAACUGUAAUUACAAAGUGGACUGUGCAUGUCACAAAGGAAACAGGAACUGCCCUAUACAGAAAAGAAAUCCCAAUGCUGCAGAGCUGCCCCUCCCACCUCCUCCAAGCCUGCCUACCAUCGGAGCAGAGACCAGACGGAGAAAAGCACGACGGAAAGAGCUCGAGAUGGAGCAGCAGAGUGAGACUGCAGGGGAGGCGAAUGACCAGCACCCCCAAGAAGUUCCAGAAAAAACCACGGUGUUGAGUGACCAUGAGGAAAUAGACCAUCCAGAAGAAAAGCCAGAAGAAGAGAAAGCAGAGGUUGCAGAUGACCAGGAGAGUGCAGCUCACGGCAGGAGGACCCGGGAGGACAGAAAGGUUGAAGCCAUCAUGCAUGCUUUUGAAAACUUAGAAAAGCGAAAGAAACGGCGAGAUCAGCCCUUUGAACAGAGCAGCUCUGAUAUAGAGGUCACGGCCACUGUCGUGGGGACUCCUUUGGGAGAAGAGACAAAAACUGAAGCUCCUGAAGUUGAAGCUAGCAACCCUGCUUCAAACAUUGCUGUCCCAAGCAUCUCACAGACUGUUGGUGUGAACACCCGGAGGUCUUCCCAAGCAGGGGAUAAUGCUGCUGAAAAACCAGUCCCCAAACCACCUGCAGCAAAGCCUUCCAGGCCCCGACCGAAGAGCCGAAUUUCUCGGUACCGGACCAGUUCAGCCCAAAGAUUAAAGCGGCAGAAGCAGGCCAGUGCACAGCAGGCAGAGUUGUCACAAGCUACCCUGGAAGAGGGUGGAAAUAACAGUGCAGUAACUCCUGCUGAAUCUGGAAGUACAGACAGUUCAGGAGAAAAUAGGCAGUUAACAGGGUCUGACCCAGCUCUGGUAUCACUUACUGGAUCCCACGUCAACCGUGCUGCAUCUAAAUACCCUAAAACCAAAAAGUAUUUAGUUACAGAAUGGUUGAAUGACAAAGCAGAGAAGCAAGAGUGCCCUGUUGAGUGCCCUUUACGUAUCACCACGGACCCAACUGUACUGGCAACGACCCUGAACAUGCUACCAGGCCUUAUUCAUUCCCCGUUAAUUUGCACCACCCCUAAACACUACAUUCGCUUUGGCUCGCCCUUUAUGCCUGAGAGGCGUCGGAGGCCCCUUCUGCCUGACGGCACGUUCAGCUCCUGUAAGAAGCGUUGGAUAAAACAAGCCUUGGAGGAAGGAAUGACUCAAACAUCAUCUGUAUCCCAAGAGACUAGAACUCAGCACCUAUACCAAAGUAAAGAGAAUAGUAACUCUUCUAGCAUCUGCAAAGACAAUGCAGACUUGGUGAGCCCAUUGAAGAAAUGGAAGUCUCGCUAUCUAAUGGAGCAGAAUGUCACCAAGUUACUUCGACCUCUGUCUCCAGUCACACCACCCCCUCCCAGUUCAGGCUCAAAGAGCCCCCAGCUGACCACAGCUGGCCCAUCUAAUCCAGGAGAAGAGGAGUGUCGGAAUGGAUACAGCCUCGUGUUCUCGCCAGUCACAUCCCUCACUACUGCUAGUCGCUGCAACACUCCUCUGCAGUUUGAGAACAUAUCCUCCCCUGAGAGUUCCCCUGCGCAUAGGCCCGAGUCCCUGUCACCCGAGCUUUGUCACCGAAAAGACCUGGAGUUGACAAAAGUGGGAUACCUUGACUCCAACACUAACAGCUGUGCUGACAGACCUUCCCUGCUCAACUCGGGUCAUCCUGACCUGGCUCCUCAUCCUUCCAUCGGACCCACUUCUGAAACUGGCUUCCCAAGCAGGAGUGCAGAUGGACACCAGACACUUGGGAGAAACUCAGACCAGGGGUUUCGGACAGAGUUCAACUUGAUGUAUGCCUACUCCCCUUUGAACGCUAUGCCCCGAGCAGAUGGAUUAUAUCGAGGUUCUCCCCUUGUGGGAGACAGGAAGCCUUUACAUUUGGAUGGGGGAUAUUGUUCCCCUGCAGAAGGGUUUCCCAGCAGAUACGAACAUGGCUUUAUGAAAGACCUCUCUCGUGGAUCCAUGUCUCCUGGUGUCGAAAGGACCUGUGAAGGAGUCCCCUCUACCCCCCAGAACCCACCACAGAGGAAGAAGGUGUCCCUGCUAGAGUACCGCAAACGGAAACAAGAAGCCAAGGAGAAUUCUGGGGGAGGUGACUCUGCACAGAGCAAAAGCAAGUCUGCAGGAGCUGGGCCAGGCAGCAGCAACUCUGUUUCUGACACUGGUACCCAUGGUGUGCAGGGAUCCUCUGCCCGAACCCCAUCUUCCCCUCACAGAAAAUUCUCCCCAUCUCAUUCAUCUAUGUCCCAUUUGGAGGCAGUAAGCCCAUCUGAUUCUAGAGGCACUUCAUCAUCUCACUGCAGACCUCAAGAGAAUAUCAGCAGUAGAUGGAUGGUUCCCACGUCAGUAGAACGACUUCGAGAAGGAGGGAGCAUCCCCAAGGUCCUCCGAAGCAGUGUGAGGGUGGCCCAGAAGGGAGAGCCCUCUCCCACUUGGGAGAGUAGCAUUGCAGAGAAGGAGUCAGACCCUGCCGAUGGAGAAGGCCCAGAGACACUGAGCUCAGCACUCUCCAAAGGAGCAACUGUUUACAGCCCUUCCAGAUACAGCUACCAGCUCCUGCAGUGUGACAGUCCACGGACAGAGUCCCAAAGCCUCCUUCAGCACAGCUCCUCCCCCUUCAGAGGACCCCCUGCCCAGUCUCCAGGAUACAGUUACCGAACUGCUGCACUGAGACCUGCACACCCCACCUCUCAAAGCUCUUCAGAGUCCUCCCUCUCUUCCACGUCCUAUUCCAGCCCCGCCCACCCUGUGUCCACAGACUCAAUGGCCCCAUUUACGGGGACACCAGGGUAUUACAGCAGCCAGCAGCAUUCUGGAAACAGCACUGGCAGCAGUCUUCCGAGGAGGAGCUGUCCUUCGAGUGCUGCUAGCCCUGCCCCACAGGGCCCCUCAGACUCCCCACCCUCAGACUCGGUCUCUCAGUCCAGCACAGGAACUCUGAGUUCCACCUCGUUUCCUCAGAACUCUAGGUCAGCAUUGCCGUCAGACUUGCGGACUAUCAGUCUGCCCAGUGCCGGGCAGUCCGCUGCCUACCAGGCCUCCAGGGUAUCUGCGGUUUCCAAUUCACAGCACUACCCACACCGAGGGAGUGGGGGUGUGCAUCAGUACCGACUCCAGCCACUGCAGGGGUCUGGGGUCAAGACUCAGACAGGACUUUCCUAGGGCUUCUGGAUUUGGGCAAACAGAACUGAGUGAGCCCAUAGCUGCUUCCUCCCAGCUGCCUCUGGGACCUGGGCCGGGCGUAUUGCUGGGGAAGGGAGGGGUGCCAAGUGCCAGAGGAUUGGGUCUGGUCAACAAGAAACAAGACUUGUGGUUGCAGCUGGCCUCUGGCCUUGGAGAAAGAUGGAAAUCUUGUCUGAAGCAGAGACUACAAAGAAGUUUCUCCCUGCUGUCGAGGGUACAUUGUUGACAAGCAAAUGGCGUCUCGGUUAGUUACGGUUCUAAGUGCAAUGAGUUGUGUUGGAGCCUCUGUCUCCCAUCCUUGCCUGUAGCCUGUAGUCACUUGUGCAGUGAGGACAUCUUUUUAAAUAAAAGGAAAACAUUUUCUUUUCAAAUGAAAAAAAAAAAAAAAAGUGAAAAGAGCCAAUCUCAAAGCCCCAAGCCAUCUGAGUAGUGUUAGGGUUUUAUGCACUUAAGAAAAAAGGUAGGUAUGUGAAUGUUCACCCUGUGACAACCAUUCCAAAAACAGGUACCUGGCUAAGGUGUGUCCACCAAGAAUACUAUUUCUACCUUUGUCUUAAAAUCACCAACAAGUAGGCAGGGAUAGUAGUGCUUCGAACGAGUCUGGGUUCGUGGUGCCUGGCUCUCGGGAGAAGAGCUAGCUAGUCUGCGCUUACUCUUCGGGAGGAGAUACUGAGGCGAUUGUCCUUUUCCUUUCACAAGCGACUUCACAGCUCAGUAACACAUGCAGCAGGUAGAGGGCUGGCAAGUAAGGGGCCUGCUGCAUUGCCACUUAAUAGCUUUGGGCAGUAAAUUAGGUUAGAAAGGACCUCCAGGGGUCCGGAAAUUGUUUGAAUGUUAUUUUUUCUACUCCCAAUUAAUCAGGAGUUGACAGCCCCCUGAGCAGGACCGCCUCCAUGACUAGGGAGCAUGCACUCGUGACUGCAGGGUAAGAGUGGGAAGGUAGGCCUGUGGCGUGGCACCGACAGGACUGUGAUUGUGUGUGGACCUGCCCCACGUUUCCUGGUUUGUGGGCCCGGUGAGAGUCACCAAGCCACCCACAGCCCUGACACUGUUGUGGAUGAGAGAUGCGAGCAGACUGGCUUCUCCCCAUCAGUGCAUUGUGCCUGUUGUACACCCCUGGAGGAGCCCUGGAGCCGGCCCAGGCGGAGUACACAAUCUUUUUAAAUUCCAUACGGUUGCCAGCUUAUUUCUUUCACUUGUUUACUGUAAUACCCGGCGUGUUUUUAUUUAUCUAAUUUUGUAUUCAGUUGUAACCAUGGUAGGGUAGUGAAUAUACGACAGGUGUAAUCCCUGGUGCUGCGUGGACCUUACUUCUUUUCUUUUGGACAAGAUAAUGCUGUGAGUCUCCCCCCUACCUUCCCCCUCAUUUGUUUUCUCUUUUUUUUCCCUAGCCUCUUGCAUCCCCUUCUUUUCUAUCCUGUCCUACAACUAUCAUAUGCACAGUCUUCUCUCUUUGUGUGUGACUGUUACAAAAUUUCACUUCUCAAAAUUGAAAUCAGGUGUUUGCUCAAAUGAGGGGAGAUUUUUUUCUUCUUUUUUUUUUAUUUUUCCCCUUAAUGCUGAGACCUCAGCAGAGUACUUUUUUUUGUUUCCCCCACAAACCCAUCAGUCUGGGAGAGCAUUGGGAAUGGAAAUCAUGUUGCCUGGGAUGCUGGCUCCUUCGUGUAUGAUAUAAAAUGUGUGUAAAUGUCUCUCCAUCUGGGCUGGGGUCUGCAUUCUCCUCUCAGCUGUGACUGGAGAGGGGAGGCCAGCGGGCAGGCAGCCCUCACCCUGCCUGGCACGUGCAGAGACCCCAGCCACUCUGUGUGGGCAGGGUGCUGUCAAGACCAGACCUCU